AUGGAGAGGAGUACAGUCAGGGGAUCACUGCAUAAGCACUUGGAUCUGGAGAGGAAGAUCGCCAAGCAGGCUGAAGCCAGACUCCGCCAACAACUGCAGAGUCUAGAGGAUAUCUGCCUCUACCACCUGAAGUUGUUGACCAGGGAGCAGAGGCAGCUCCAGAGAGAGCAGCAGAGGCUGCAGCAAGAUAUUGUCAAGGUGAGAUUGUCUUCUCUUGGGAAUGGAACUCAGAAAAGGCCAGAAUGUGUCCUCAGUUUCCCACCACAGCAAGGACAGAAGCACAGACCUCCAAAACAUGAAGUCAGAGCAUUGGCAACCAACACGACCCAGGAAAUGUACAAAAUCAAGUCCCAGAUGCCUCCUUUGUGUCACACUGGCCUCAAAAACCCCACCAGGAGAAAAGAGAACUGGCGAUCUCAGAGUCACAGAACUGCCUGCUUCAUGGCAGAAAAGCUGCCAGCCCAGGAGAAAGAGUCUGUAAUCCCACCUCAGGGCAUAGACCCCAACAAGGGCACCUCUGUGGCACAUCAAGACCAAAUGGCUUCCAGCAGUACCUGUGGUAGUGGAAUGGUCAACCUUGAUGAGAUUAGAUCAAAAGAUGCCAAUCUAAAGCCAUGUAGGAAUGCUGUGGAACAAUUUCCCCCACAUUCCAUGGAAUGUGUAGGAGGCUGCAAAGGUGAGACCACAAAGCCAGCCUUCUCAGAAUUGCUUGCAGAGGUCAAAAAUGCACGCUAUCUCCGGCACAGGGUCCUCCCUCAGUCUGAGAGGUUGCUUAGCAUCAGGGAGAUAUUCGGGUGUAGAAAAUCUUCACCUGCAGAUCAAGAAAGGAUUGUGAAAAUGGUACCAUCUAAGUUCCCUCCUCUCUAGCUAAUUUGUAUAACCUGCUCAUGGCGUGUAUCAGAACCACUAGAGAAUGUGCUCCUUAAGUGAAGCAAUGGGGAGCACUUGUAUUUCUAAUCUGUUGACUUCAUUUAGAGCAUUGUGAUCUUUCAAUGAACCACACUAGUGAAUGGAUAACACAUAGAGGAAAGAAUCUUCUGAAAAUACUUGAAUAAUUAGCAUGCCCUUCUAAUGUCAACUAAAAUGUAAAUAUAUGUUGAUAUUGAGGGAGAAAGAGUGAUUUCUACUUUCAUUGCCUCUCAUUCCUAGGGGAGGUUAUUGUGGCACCACCUGCUGGAAGAGGCGUAGUCCUCCCUUGUUUUAUGGUAGAUGGUGGCAGGAUAGGGGCACCACUGAGAAUGUGUACCAUAUGGUCUAUAAAUAAAACUUGUUUCAACUUUGUGCUUUUUUUGUACUGGGGAUUUUUUUUUUU